AUGAGUGAACCGAACCCAACAGCCUUAUGGCUUCCUGAUGAGAUCCUCUUUAAUAUUCUGUCCAUGCUACAAGAUAGUGAUGAUCCUGAUUCAGUGUCCACCAAAGAAGCAAGAAGAACUCUAUACAACGCCUCCUUAGCAUCCAGGCGACUCGAAAGCCUUGCUCGAAGAGUCUUGUAUCAAUGCAUUGACGCACGAUCAUCAAAGUGUCUUUUAACGCUUGGCCAAAAUCCUUAUCUGUGUCGUCUGGUUCGAGAGCUGUAUUGCCCUUACGAUGCGGAAGUGGUUGAUUCCUUGCUACACCCACACUUUCGAGAUUACAUAUGGCUCCCAUGUUCAUGGAAUGCCAGUUUCCCGGGUUGGCUCAAAACUGAGCACGGCCGGCAGCAAUACUACGACCAGGCAACUGCCUUCUGGAUGGAGAGACUGCCCAAUCUCAACAGGCUCACUAUCAGUCUGAACUAUGACAUGAAAACCUUGACGGAAAUGGUACACAAGAGCCUGAACGGGCAACCAAGGCGAUUCCCGCGGUUGACAAGAAUCGACUUCAAGCUUAGUCCCAGUGGUCUACCAACAUGCAUCCAGCCGAGCUUGAUUCUGUUCCAGCUACCGUUGCUCAAAACAGUGACCAUUCACGACAUGGCUUUUGUCGUUAAAGCCAGCAACGAGAACUUGGAAAUGCCAAAGAAAGCUUGCAAACGACUAGAAAGGCUUGAAGCCGACUUUUCAUGGAUCACACCCGGUAGCUUGCGAAAUCUGCUGUCAGUCUGCGAGAGUCUCCGCUUCCUGGACCUCAAGGUCAAAACAAUGCUGUCAACGACGUGUGACCCCUUCAACUACCGCUUCGGCGACUGGAUCCAGCACUGUCAUACCUUGGAAAGUCUUGACAUUCAGAUCAAGGCAUCUAGACGGUGGACGGACGGGCUGGCCGGUGGGAGGGAGGUACAAGAGCACACAUGGGCUGCAAACAACAUCGGAUCACUCCAGAACUUGACUCGUCUCAAGAGGUUCUCCUUGAGUGUGGAGCUUCAUCAUUUCACGAUGCCGCCAGGACCUUCCGUUCCUACUCCCAGUCCUUCAAAGCUUGACUUUGAGCUUAUGCUUCCAACCUCAAUUGAGCAGUUUGAGGUCAGGAAGAUCGGCAUUCCAGACUAUGAGGCUUUUGUCAGGAACAUACGUGAACUCCUCCAGUCAAAGCGGCUGAAGAAUUUGUAUCAUGUAACCGUGGCGGCUAACUUGAAGCCACAUCAUGUCGCACAACCGGGCUGGGAUGUACGAUCGCGUGGGUCUGGCCAGUCGAAAAGGGUCAUUCAUUUAGGGCACGAAGACCGCAAGAGAGUCCGAUCAUCAUAUCAUGAGUAG